GGCGGCGGCGCGACGGCCGUCCCUCGCGCCGGCAUGGCGGUGUGCGCUCGCCUCUGCGGCGUGGGCCCGUCGCGGGGCUGCCGGCGCCGCCAGCAGCGCCGGGGCCCGGCCGAGACUGCGGCGGCCGACAGCGAGCCGGACACGGACCCGGAGGAGGAGCGCAUCGAGGCGGGCGCGGCGGCUCUGUCCGGGGCGCUGGGCGGCCGGGGCGCGGGCCCCCAGUCGCCCCCGCGCUGCUCGCUGCUGGAGCUGCCGCCGGAGCUCCUGGUGGAGAUCUUCGCCUCGCUACCCGGCACCGACCUGCCCAGCCUGGCCCAGGUCUGCACCAAGUUCCGGCGCAUCCUGCACACCGACACCAUCUGGAGGCGGCGCUGCCGGGAGGAGUAUGGCGUUUGCGAGAACCUGCGGAAGCUGGACAUCACGGGCGUGUCUUGUAGAGACGUCUAUGCCAAGCGUAUAAACCCUCGUGUGAAGUCGGGACGUUUCAUGAAAAUUCUUCCCGAUUACGAGCACAUGGAGUACAGAGAUGUUUACACCUGCCUGCUUCAUCGGUACAGACACAUUCUGGGGCUGUGGCAGCCGGACAUCGGGCCCUACGGAGGACUGCUGAACGUGGUGGUGGAUGGCUUGUUCAUCAUUGGCUGGAUGUACCUGCCUCCCCAUGACCCUCAUGUGGACGACCCAAUGCGAUUCAAGCCCCUGUUCAGAGUCCACCUGAUGGAGAGAAAGUCUGCCACGGUGGAGUGCAUGUAUGGCCACAGAGGGCCCCACAACGGCCACAUUCAGAUUGUGAAGAAGGACGAGUUCUCCACCAAGUGCAACCAGACUGACCACCACAGGAUGUCUGGCGGGAGGCAGGAGGAAUUCCGAACGUGGCUGAGGGAAGAAUGGGGGCGGACACUGGAGGACAUUUUCCACGAGCACAUGCAGGAGCUCAUCCUGAUGAAGUUUAUCUACACCAGUCAGUACGACAACUGCCUGACCUACCGCCGCAUCUACCUCCCGCCCAGCCACCCGGAUGACCUCAUCAGACCCGGCCUCUUCAAAGGCACCUACGGCAGCCACGGCCUGGAGAUCGUCAUGCUCAGCUUCCAUGGGAAGCGUGCCAGGGGCACGAAGAUCACGGGUGACCCCAACAUCCCUGCUGGGCAGCAGACUGUCGAGGUCGACCUCAUGCACCGCAUCCAGCUGCCUGAUGUGGAGAGCCUCCGCAACUUCAAUGAGCUCUCCCGCAUCGUCCUGGAGGUUCGGGAGCAGGUGCGCCAGGAACAACAGCAGCAGGAGAACGGGCUCGAGGACGGUGGGGGCCGCGGCCGGCAGAGCCCCCGGGAGCCCCAGCGGGGCUCUGCCCAGCCCAGUGUGGAAAUGCCUGCCGAGAAGGUCGGGGAGCCUGGGGACGGAGAGGCUGCGGCUGCGGCUGCGCCUGCCCCUGAGCAGCCCGCCCAGUGCGGGCAGGGGCAGCCGUUUGUGUUGCCUGUGGGCGUGAGCUCGAGGAACGAGGACUAUCCCCGCACCUGCAGGAUGUGUUUUUACGGCACAGGCCUCAUCGCCGGCCAUGGCUUCACCAGCCCUGAGCGCACCCCUGGGGUCUUCAUCCUAUUCGACGAGGACCGUUUCGGGUUCAUCUGGCUGGAGCUGAAAUCCUUCAGCCUGUACAGCAGGGUGCAGGCCACCUUCCGGAAUGCAGAGGCACCAUCCCCACAGGCCUUCGAGGAGAUGCUCAAGAACAUCCAGUCCCUGACCUCCUGACGGGCCACUUUCUUGCGGGGCAGCUCCCGGGGCCCUGGACCUGGCACCUGGGAAAGGAAGCAGCAUGCACUUUGGAGAUUCGGCCUUCUGACCAGAACACCCACCUUGUAGGAGUCUCGGCCCAGCCACCCCAAGACUCUUUGUACAGAGUGUGUGACGUUUGUGUGUGUCCUCGUUAGGAGCUCGUGGGAAGGCUGACUGAGCACGUCUUACAAAAAGAAAGAAAGAAAGAAAGAACCAGAACGGGACUGAUUGAGAGGGUUGGCUGCAGAGUUUUGUGAACAACUCAAGUGGAGAAAUUGGGUUUGUCCUUGGCCUGCUGGUGGUUUUCAAGGGACAGGCUGAGCGACCCUGGGGGCUCCUAAGAGGGAUUGUGUGUGGGCCGUGCCAGCUGGAGGCGAGUGGAAGCGGCUGCAGGCUGGCAGGGGCCUGGGGCGAGGGCAGCCUGGGUGUGGGGCAGUGUGUGCACAAACGGAGGCCCGGGGGGGUCCAGGAUGCUGGGCCAGGACCCUGGACUGAAGUGCCGUUUCUCCGCUAACCUGCUUGGAGUUUGGACAAAAGCAUUUCCCCUCUGACACGUUUGUGCAUCAGUGCAGGGGGUCAGCGAUGCGGGCCGGGAGGGAACGGCGGCUUGGCAGCCCUGGCCUCUGUCCAGCUUUAGAAUCAAGACCUUUGCUGCAUCCAGUUCCACACAGGCCGUUUGUUUGCACCCCCAACCCACCUCCUGCCCACGCUCUGGUCUCAGAACCUGCCCCAGAAUUGGGCAGGGCCGCAUCCGAACAGCCCUGCGUUCCCCCACUUGCGUAGCGUGCACAGGUGUUGUUCUUGGGAGGGUGUAAGCAGCAGAGUGGUGGCACAGAUGACCUUGGAGCCCCUUUGCGGGGAACAGGGCAGCUUUCUAGAAGUCACCCCCAUGGAUGGAAUGCACUUUGGAGACCAGGGUCCCUUGGGAUCCUCCACGGCAGGGGUCUGAGCACAGAUGCUUCUGUGGGUGCUGUGCCGGUGUCCCAGAGACGCCUGCAUUUGGGGACCCACUGUAAGGUCUCUGCUGAUCUAGUGUCUCCUGAAGAACAGAGCCCCAAAUGCACGUACACCCCCAAGAAUUAGCUGCAGCUCUGCCUCCAGCCUGCAGAGAGCGGUCACCACGUUCACCUCCUGUGGGGCGGGCGGCUUCACUGGGGAGGCAGGCCAACGGUCCCCCUCCCUGUUGCUCGCCCUUGCUGGGUGGACUGUGCUGAGCCCUCAUGCCGGGGGCAAGGGACCCCAGGGAAGGGGGCAGCUUCGUGGUGCCUUCAUGUAGAGACCAACGUGAGAUGUCCCAUGAAACAUGUUUUCUUGAUGAAUUUCUCCCUGACUGGCCUUUUUUUAAAAAAUAAAAAAUCCCUAUUGCUCUA